AUGGCGGCGGCGGACAUGGACUCGUCCUUUGUGGCCGCCGCGCGCCUCUGGGCCUCCACUGGCGGCGUCACCUUCCGCAGCUCGCGGCGCUCCGUCGACCUCGUGCACGCCGCGGGCGGCGCGAAGCCCUCCGCGAGUCGCGCCGCGGUCUCGUCGUACCUGCACCGCAUCCAGCGGCCCGGCCUCGUGCAGAACUUCGGCUGCUUGCUCGCGAUUCCUGGCGACGGGAGAAGCUUCGAUCUUGUCGCAUUCAGCGAGAAUGCCGGCCAGAUGAUCCUGAAUGAGUCUCCGCCGGCCCCGGCGGCGGCAAAGCCGCCGUUAUUGGCGGCGACCGGCGCGGGCGCCGGCGCCGCGGGCGCUGGAGAUGCGGGCAUGGGCGGAGCGGGAUCUGCGACAGCGGCGGCGAUGAUCGGACGGUCGCAGACGAUUCCGGAAGGGGCCGAGUUGGCGCCGACGGCGGAAGCGAUCCGGAGGGGCGAAGCGGGAACUGCGGCGGGCGGAGCGGCGGCGGGCGGCGGCGAGAGAAGACGGCUGGUUAAGAUGGCGUCCGAAGGGAGCACACUGUUCAAACGUAGUGCCCCCCUCCUUUCACCCCCCGCUCCCCCUCCCCCUCCCCCUUUCCCUUCCCCCCACCUUACUCCCUCUCGUCCCUCCCGUCCCUCCCCCUCCCGUCCCCUCCUUCCGUCCCUCUUUUCCCCUUACCUCCCCCUCCUGACCCGCCCUACCCGCCCUAAUCAUCCCCACCCCCUGCAUUCCCCCUCAUCUUCUCCUGACGGCAGCGGCAUGUGGAUGACGCUGAACUUUCUGGAGCGCAUCCGCUGGGCGAUCUUCCGCUCCAACAGCCGCGGCCGCGCCAAGGGCGCCAGGAGAACCCGCCGCCUCUCCGCGGACUCCGCCGCCCCCGUGUCAUCCGCGCCCGCGGCUGCUGGCGCGGCGGGGAGGGCAAGCAGUGACGCGCGGGCGGGGGACGCGGGCGCGGGGAGAGGAAGCAGUGCUAGUGGCGGGUGGGGGGAUGCAGGCGCGCAGAGAGACGGAGGCGCAGGCGGGGGCGGAGGCGGAGGCGCAGGGGGAGGGGGAGGUGGAGCGAGUGUGAGUGACAGCGCCAUUGUUGUGGGGCGCGGACUGGAGGAGGCCGCAGUUAGGCCGCUGGGGGAAGGCGUUUCCGCUGGGGCGCCGGGGGAAGAGGCGCAAGAUGCUGUUGCUCCUCUUCCACAGACGAAAAUAGCCUUGGGAAUGGAUGUGCGAAGCCUAUUCACCCCGGAGAGCGUAGAAGCAUUGGAAAAAGCAGUGGCAGCAGACGACAUAGCGUCCAUGAACCCACCUUGGGAAUGGAUCCUUGGGAAUGGACGUUCGGAGCCUGUUCACCCCGGAGAGCCCUUGGGAAUGGAUGUGCGGGCGCUGUUCACCCCGGAGAGCGUGGAGGCAUUAGAGAAGGCCGCGACAGCAGACGACAUAGCGUCCAUGAACCCCGUGCUGCUGCAGUGCCGCACCUCCAACCGCCCCUUCUACGCCGUGCUCCACCGCACCUCCGCCGCCGCUGACGAUGCCGAAACCACCGCUGCUGCCAGCACCACCAGCAGCAGCACCAGUGGUAGCAGCAGCAUUAUCCCCACCAGCCUUACCAGCAGCAGCAUCAUCACGCUCCCGGGUACCAACACUCCUUCCUCGCCUGUCGCCGCUCCUGCACUCAUACCCCCUGCUGCCACCACCACCAGUGCCCUUAACCCCACAGCUGCUACCACCACCAACCCAGGAGACAACAUCAUAAGCAUCGAUCUAGAGCCGAUUACACCUCUCGACCCGGCAGUGGACGGGGCAGGCGCGCCUCUCACCCACCGUCUAGCCCUCUCGGCGGUGAAGCGGCUGCAGAAGGUGGCGCCAGGGAAUAUCAGCGCGCUGUGCCAGGUGGUUGUGGAGGAGGUGAGGGAGCUGACUGGGUAUGACCGCGUAGUGGCUUAUAAGUUCCAUGAGGACGGGCAUGGGGAGGUGGUGGCGGAGGACAUGCGGAAGGGGCGGAAGGGGGGAGCGGGGAAACGGGGAGGGCAGGAGAGCGAGGAGGGGGGGGGGUUGGAGCAGGGGGAGCAGCAGGGGAGGCAGCAGGAAGGGCAGGGGGGGCAAGGGGAGCAAGGGAAGGGGGAGGAAGCGGAGGAGGAGGAGGAGGGGGAGGGAGAGGUAGGCAUGCAGCCGAUCCUAGGCUCCCACUUCCCAGCAACGGACGUACCCCAGGCGACCCGUCUCCUCUUCUUCCACACGCGCUCGCGCAUGGUGGCGGACUGUCAGUCCCCCUCCGUGCCCCUCCGCCAGCACCCGCUCUCCUCCCCGCACGCGCUCAAGCUCGGGGGAUCAACCCUCCGAGCAGUGGAUCCGUGCCACGCGCAGUACAUGUGUAACAUGGGGAUUAGAGCGUCUUAUGUGCUCGCGAUUAUCGUGCCCACGCGCGGGGGGAACGCGCAGGGGCAGGGGGAGCGCGGAGGGGGGGGCGCGCAUGGGGGGAGCCAGGCUGGCGGGGGGCAGUUUGCAAGGAGUCAGUCCGGGGGGAGUCAGGCGGGGGGAGGGGGAGGAGGAGGGGGGGACUCGUGGGACAUGCGGUCGGACGACGGGGGGAGCGUGUCAGGGGGAGGGGGAGGGGGAGGGGGCGCGCGGCUGUGGGGGCUGGUGGUGUGUCAUCACAUGUCCCCGCGAGUGGUGCCCUUUCCCAUCCGCUCUGCCUGCGACUUUCUCAUGCAGGCGUUCGGCCUGCAACUCUCAGUGGAGCUCGAGAUCGCCGCCCAACUCCAUGAAAAGCAGAUCCUGCAGAUCCAGUCGCUCCUGUGCGAUACUUUACUGACAGACAACCCCAUCCGCGCGCUCGUCUCCUCCGCGCCCAACAUCAUGGACCUCCUCCCCUGCGACGGCGCAGCAGUCCUCUUCCGGGGCGAGCUAUCCCGCCUCGGAGUCUGCCCCUCCGAGGACAUGAUCGGAGAGCUUGUGCGGUGGGUGCAGCGGGAACACUGGGGGUCCAGUGGUCUGAGCACGGAUAGCUUGAAGGCCGCUGGGUUCCCGCACGCAGAGAGCCUCGGAGUGGAUGUGUGCGGGAUGGUGGUCGUGUGCUUUUCUCCUGCCGACGAGCAACUGCAGCAGCAGGAGCGGCAGCAGCAGGGGCAGGGGCAGCAGGGGAGGGAGGCGGCGUCGCCUGUCCCCCCGUCCCCAUCCGGCAGCAGCACCAGCGGCGGCGGCGGCAGUUUCAGCGGCUUCAGCGGCGGUGUGAGCAGUGUGAGCGGCAUCAUGGGGGAUUAUCUGUUCUGGUUCCGCUCGCACGUGGAGAAGUCGAUCAAGUGGAGCGGCGCGCGGCACGACUCGCGCGACGUGGACGACGCCAAGAGGCGGCACCCGCGGGCGUCGUUCAAGGCGUUCCUGGAGGUGGUGCGGCACACGGCGCUGCCGUGGGCGGACGUGGAGGUGGAUGCCGUUCACAGCCUGCAGGAUUUACUAUGCAAGUCGGUCAGGCGGAAGGAGAGCAUGGGGCGCCUCAUCUCCAUUGGGCAAGCAGGUGAGCUGGGAGCUGGGAGUUUGCUGGUUGUUGAAUUCAACUGCCUGAACAACAGCGAGCUGGCAGUGGCAGCGGACGAGCUGGUCCGUCUGAUCGAGACGGCGUCUGCGCCGAUCCUGGCCGUUGAUCUGGAGGGCAACAUCACGGGGUGGAACGGCAAGGUGGCGGCCAUCACAGGGCUCUCCUUCUCCGACGCCAUCGGCCAAUCGCUGCUCGACACGUGUCUCGACCCCUCAUGCGUGGACAAGACGAGGAUGGCGUUUGAGCUCGCCCUGGCAGGGGAGGAGCAGCAGCAGCUGGAGCUGAAGCUGAAGCGGUGGGGGUCAGUUCCCCAGGGCAAGGGGCCUCCCACGCCCUACGCCAUCCUGCACGUGAACACGUUUGUGAGCCGGGACUCGGAGAAGAGCAUCGUGGGGGUGUGCUUCGUGGGGCAGGACGUGACGGAGGAGACAGCUGUCAGGACGCGAUUUGUGCGCAUUCAGGGCGACUUCACCACCAUCAUCAACACGCACAACUCCCUCAUGCCGCCCAUCUUUGCUACCAAUGGUGGGUCAGUUUGCCGCCCAUCGUUGAAACCGAUGGUGUGUUUUGAGGUACCUCAAAAGGCGACUUCACCACCAUCAUCAACACCCGCAACUCCCUCAUGCCGCCCAUCUUUGCCACCAACGGUGAGUCAGUUUGCCGCCCAUCUUUGCUACCAAUGUUUGCCGCCCAUCUUUGCCACCAACGGUGGGUCAGUUUGCCGCCCAUCGUUGAAACCGAUGGUGUGUUUUGAGGUACCUCAAAAGGCGACUUCACCACCAUCAUCAACACGCACAACUCCCUCAUGCCACCCAUCUUUGCCACCAACGGUGAGUCGCUCUGCCGGCCAGCUUCGACCGCCCAUCUCUGGGGAGACCUCUGGGGAGACCUCUGGGGAGACCUCUGCAUCUGGCUUCUGCACGGAGUGGAACCCAGCCAUGGAGAGCAUCACCGGCCUCAAACGCUCCCAGGUGUUGGGCUGCAUGCUCCCAGGCAUCAUCUUCGGCCGCAUGUGCCAGCUGGCGGACGACGAUUCGCUCACGCGGCUGCUCAUCAUGCUGUCGCGGGCCAUGGCGGGGCAGGACGCUGGGGGGGAGGAGAAGAUGCACUUUGCCUUCCGCAAUGCCAAGGGUCGCAUGGUGGAGGUGCUACUGACAGUGCAGCAGCGGCAGGGCGGCGACGGGCGGGCGGCAGGGGCGUUUGGGUUCCUCCACGUGGCAAGCCCUGAGCUCAUGCAGGCUCUGACCGUGCAGCACAAGGCAGAGGGGUUGAUAGAGCGUCACUCCAAGCAGCUGGCGUAUGUGCGGCAGGCCAUGGCAGGGACAGUGCACGGCAUGGUGCAUGCACGCUCCCUGCUGCACCGCUCCCUGCUCGAUGCCUCCACGCCCUCGCCCUCCGCUCACGCCGCCCCGGGCGGCAAGGUUUGGCAGUUUAUGGAGGCGAUGGCGCGGUGCGACGCGCAGCUGAUGCGGCUGCUGCACACCCAGAUGGACCCGCUGGGCGGCGGGGAGGGAGGCGGCGGCGGCGGGGGUGAUGCUGCUGUGUUCUCGCACCCCAGCAUGCUCCCAUUCACGCCCUCAGCGCCCUUCACCAUGGCCUAUCUCAUCAACACAGCCGUCUGCCAGGCCAUGCAACAUGCCAUUCGCCUUCAUGCCCUGUCCCCCUCCACUCCCCCUGCUACCCUGCCUGUCCCUGCUACCCCCCUACAACCCCACACCCUCUUCACAGCAUGCUGCCAUUCACGCCCUCAGCGCCCUUCACCAUGGCCUCUCUCAUCAACACAGCGGUCUGCCAGGCCAUGCAUGGAGCAUGCCAAGUAUUCCCAACCCCUCUCUCCCUUCCAACCCCCCCCCCCUCUCCCCCCCAGCAUGCUACCAUUCACGCCAUCAGCGCCCUUCACCAUGGCCUCUCUCAUCAACACAGCGGUCUGCCAGGCCAUGCAGCACGCCAUUCGCCGCUCCAUCGAUCUCACCUAUGACGCGCUGCCAGAUGUCGCGUCCACGCGCCUCGUGGGCAACCAGCUGCUGCUGCAGCAGGUGCUGGGCGGCAUCACUGUAGCGGCCGUCAAGUACACACCGUCGGGCGGCACCGUUCGUCUGCAGCUGGCGCCCAGCCCCAGCCGCAUGCUGGCUGUCGAGAUUGAACUGCGGUGA